ACCCUGUUAUUUGCAUGUUUUUUUUAUUUAUUUGUUUGUUUAUUCGUGGAGCACAGCUGAUGGUAAUGAACAGAGAGGGGAGGGACUGGACUCUGCGCAGAUCUUGAUGAAGUCAGAGAUUCAUUGAACUCGUUGGUUUGCCUCUCUGUCCUGCUGACUGAAACCCGCCUGUUUCACACAACUGUCUGAGAAUCUGUUCAGGAAACAACUGGAAGCCACAGCUGCUGCAGGCAGCGGGGAGAGUGAUGCUCUGAUUGAAGGGUAAACUUUGUUUGUUUUCAUUAUGUUCUUCAGGUUUCUUUCUAGUAAGUUUCUUCGCGCUUUGGACUGGAAAUACCGGCUAUAAGAAGGAUCCCCCCCCCCUCCUGCUGCUGUUUUUGGACACCACCAUGAAUAACCAGUCGCUGACAGGGAGGACCAUGGUCCCGACCAUCCCGUCUGUCAUGUUUAUCUUCGGGGUGGUCGGGAACGUCAUCGCUAUCGUGGUUCUUUGUAAAACGCGCAGGGAACAGAAGGAGACCACCUUUUACACGCUCGUGUGCGGGCUGGCGGUCACGGACCUCCUGGGGACCCUGCUGGCCAGUCCGGUCACCAUCGCCAUCUACGUGAAGGGCUCGUGGCCCGGAGAGGACCCUCUGUGCCAGUACUUUGGGUUCACCAUGCUGUUCUUCUCUCUGGCGGGACUCAGCAUUAUUUGUGCCAUGUCUGUAGAGAGAUACAUCGCCAUCAACCAUGCCUACUUYUACAACGACUAUGUGGACCAGAAACUGGCCGGGCUGACCCUGGUGGCCAUCUACAUCUCCAACGCGCUCUUCUGCGCGCUGCCCAUCGUCGGGUUUGGCCAGGUGAAGAAGCAGUACCCUCAGACCUGGUGCUUCUUGGAGUGGAGGAGCAACAAGACCAGCGACGCCGCCUACUCCUACAUGUACGCUGGCUCCAGCUCCCUCCUCAUCCUCGCCACGGUGAUCUGUAACGUGCUCGUGUGCGUGGCUUUGAUCCGGAUGCACCGGCGCUUCGUGCGCAGGACGUCGCUGGGAACAGAUCUGGGCCGCAACGUGGUGGACCCGCGGAGGAGAGGGCGCAGCUUCAGCCGACUGGCCGGGACCGAGAUCCAGAUGGUCAUCCUGCUUAUAGGCACGUCGGCAGUGGUGCUCAUCUGCUCCAUCCCACUUGUUGCUCAGGUGUUUUUGAACCAGCUCUAUAAAACUCCGGUAGAACUGCAGCUAGACAAAAACCCCGACCUCCGAGCGAUACGCUUCGCCUCCUUCAACCCCAUUCUUGACCCCUGGAUCUACAUCCUUCUCCGCAAGGCUGUCCUCCUCAAGCUCAUCGAGAAAGUCAAGUGUUUGUUCUGUAAAGUGGGAGCAAGGAGGCAGCAAAGACAGGGCAACUUUCUCUGCAUCGACGCUCACCAGCUCUCCUCCAACAUCUCUAACCGGGACUCCCACUCUUUGGUGUCUCACGAACUGAAGGACGUCAGAAGAACCUCGCAGUCCUUCCUUUGUGCACCGGAGGGAAGCGAGGCUUACCCUGGAAGCUGCGCUCAGCCAGACAAACUCUCUGAUUCGCAGCCGUCUUCGGUCCGAAACUCAAAAGCUUCUUGUUCCUCCGAGAGCGAGGCUCAGACUGAGGAAGGAGCAAACGUAACCACGGAUCUUUCAGCGCCGCCGCGCUGCAAAAACGCAGCUCUUCAGGUGACUCUAAACGCAGACACAGUCGUGGAAAAAUGCAUCUGACUCUUUCUGAUUCAGAGGAAAGUUUGUCAGAUUCCACCGAGGAUGGUUGAACUCUUGAAAAAAAAAAGAGGUGUCGGCACGUAAAAAUGUCUACUUUCUUUAUUGUGGAGUCAGUGAGAAGUGCAGCUAAACUCAGUGAUGACUAACUCUGACAUCAUGAGCAGACUCUGUUAUUUUGACCGAGACAAAUGCUCUGCAACAAUCACUGGCGGAAAAAUACAUCCUCCUCAGUUUCAUUUCAGGAGCCUUUUGCUGCAAAGUGGGUGGAAAUCAGAAGAAGUGAGUCACAACACAUUAGUUUUUACUGCAAAUAGAAACAGCUGUGAAAGUGAUUCCUCUUGACGAAGUGUUUUUGGAAGAGCAAAUAAACCGUUUGUUUUCUUUGCUCCAAAAAUGCCAUUUUAACACAAAAAAUGAAGCUUUUUUAAUCUUAAAGUGGGGAUUAACCCUGAGCUGUUAAACACUGGAACUCUUAAACAUCAUUUCAUUAAAAUUAAAAAGGUAGAAACUGUUGUGUGGAAGAAUAAUUCUUCUCCAGGAGAAGGUUGUUGUUGAUACGUCCCAGUUUUUGGAGGGAUUGUAAAUCUAAGCAAGUAUUAAGAUGUAUGACUGAAGAGGUUUGAGAGGUGUUUUUUUUUUUUUUUUUUGGUGCAUUAAUGGUUUUCAUCCAGAUCUGCAGCUCAGAAAGAGUUAAAGUGAGUAAAAUAAUUACAGUAUUUUUUUUUAUCAAAACAGUUGAUUGGUACGUGCAAUCACUUCCUGUUAAAUGUGUGAAAACUGCCAAUUUACCCAUCCCUCAAACAUGAGAACUGUGUUCAACAAUCAAAAUUAAAUUAGAAAAAACAAUAAUUUAAAACUGGACUGUUUACCUGUAAAAUAAGGAUCUGUUUCUUAACAUUUCAGAGGUUAAUAAUCAGAGCAUAAUCAGAGGAUUUUAACUCUGCUGUGCUUUUUAUGGCAGAAUUCCACUUUUUUAUAGCCUCCUAUAUUUAGCCUAAGUAGACAUCUUCUUGGCCUCAUGUUGAACAUUUAAAAUAAUUAUUCCAGAUUUCUAAAAUGAGCUUUAUUCCCACAGUUUGCCUCCUCUCUGUUAUCAUCUUGUUGUUUAUAAUAUUAAGAAUGUGCUCUCUUUAAUUGUUAAAAAACUUGAUUGUGUGCUAAACUACAAAGAUUUGCUUGAUUUUUUUAUUCAUUUUAAUAUUUCAAAUGUGCACUUUAAUGUUUUGUUUGUUUGAAUUGGAAUCUGAUGUGAAAUUUGUUUGUGACCUUUGUUUUUUUAUAGUUGUUAAUGACAGAAUCACCUGUUUAAUCAGAUGAUGUACAUUUAAAGCUACAGCUGUAAAUGAAUGUUCAAGUUAUUGUUUCACCAAACACGAGGCCUUCGACGUGUCAAACUGUAUGUUGUGACAGUAAAGAGAAACUUCACUUCCUGUUAAAAAAAUGUGUCCCUUGGUUUGUUGGAAUCGUCUCACAACCCCACAUUAAUGCAGAUCAAUGACUCGGAGGAGAGCUUUUAUUUAUUCAGCAUUUAAAGACUAAUAAAACAGGAAAACAAGGUUCUUAAAAACUAAAAGUGUGUCUCUGUAAUGUGUCCAAGAGGAAACAAAAAGUGUCUUUGCUUAAAUUUUGGGGAGAAAAUCUGGGUCUGAGGAGUAGAACUGACCAACAGACUUCUUUCCUCCAAUAAUAAACAUUUUCUAAGCUUCCAACUCUUUGCAG